AUGGAAUUUUAUCGCUUUAUAUCGUUCACAUGCUUCUUAGCGUUGGCCUAUUCAAAAAGUUUAGACAAUAAUUAUGAAACUGCCAAAGACGAUUUAGAAAACUACAUACAGAAUAAGAAGAAUGAAAUUAAUCACAGAUUCAGACCUCUGUACCACGUCGUACCUCCAGUUGGCUGGAUGAAUGAUCCAAAUGGAUUUUCAUACCACAAUGGAGAGUUUCAUCUCUUCUAUCAAUUCUAUCCAUAUAAAAGCGAGUGGGGACCUAUGCAUUGGGGACAUGUUACCAGUUCAGAUCUCGUAAAUUGGAAACAAAUGCCAACAGCUCUUCUACCGGGAACAGAACAAUGUUUCUCCGGUAGUGCUAUAAGCCAGGGGGAUGUUUUGACAUUAAUAUACACUGGCCGCAGAACCAUUGAUGAACAGCCUUAUUUCAACGAGAGUCAGUACCUCGCGUUUAGUGAUGAUGCUGUAAAUUUUCAUAAAUAUGAAGGAAAUCCCGUAAUUCCCAGUGCACCCAAUAACGCAGCCGAUUUUCGCGAUCCCAAAGUUUGGAAAUACGGAGAUGAAUAUUACGUAAUCAUCGGUAGUAAGACUGCAGAUGAAAGAGGAAGGGUUCUUUUGUAUAAAUCUAAAGAUAUGUUUGAUUGGGAGUUUUUAACUGUCCUAGGUGAAUCGAACGGACCUAUGGGAUAUAUGUGGGAAUGUCCAGAUUUUUUUGAAUUAGAUGGGAAAUUUGUUUUACUUUUUUCACCUCAAGGAAUCUCACCACAAGGAGACAGAUAUAAGAACACACAUCAGACUGGAUAUAUUAUUGGAAAUUUUGACUAUGAGACUUAUCAGUUUAUUCCUGAAGUUGAAUUUCAAGAAAUAGAUUAUGGUCAUGAUUUUUACGCAGCCACAACAACAGAAGCGAACGGAAAACGAUAUCUGUUAGCUUGGUUUAGUAUGUGGGAUGUACCUUAUCCUGAAGACGUCGAUGGAUGGGCAGGUAUGAUGACUAUAACAAGAGAACUUAAUUUGGUCAAUAACAGAAUACUUAUGAACCCGGUAUCUGAUAUGCUGAAUUUGAGGACAGAAGUUGCUCUUAAAGAUGAAGUGAAGUCUGGACAAGUACACGAAUUCGGAAAAGCAGUGGAAAUAAUUAUUGAGAGCGACUUAGAUAAAAAAAUUGAUUUAUUAUUUGAUGGUCAGGAAGGUGGAGGUAAAGUUUGGCUACGAUGGGAUCCUGAUAUCGGUAAAGUUGUAGUAGAUAGAGGAUCCGGAGAUAUAAGACAAGUAGAAUGGAAACCUUUCGGUUCGACUAAAUGGCGAAUAUUCUUGGACAGCUGCAGCUUAGAACUGUUUUGUGGAGAAGGUGAGGUUGUACUCAGUAGUAGAGUAUAUCCAUUGGGUGGAUGGAGAUUAGAAAAUCAAAGUCCCCAAACGAUACGGGUUGAGGCUUACAAUCUGCGAAGAAGUGUACCUGAAUAG